AUGAUUUGGUACUUGCUGUAUCCAUUUAGAGGGACAACGGAGCCCCCAGUUCUGGCGUCUUCACAUUGCGUUCGUCGUGUCUUCGCUCGCUAUGGACGGUAUAUUGCCUGCCAUGUCAUCACCGCGGUUCUAGUCUCAGCAUCUGUGGCUACCAUUCUUGUUUAUCCUAUCCCCUACCUAUUUACUCGUGACUUUGUCAACGGCGCUUCUUAUCUACCUCACCACGUAUGGACAGUAGCUCAACCUUUGGCAUAUGAUGCUGCCGUUGAGCCUGAUAUUUUCACGAGGUCCGUAUGGGUGCAUUCCAACUACAUGGGGGCACUCAACGCCAACUUGCUCUCAUCUGCCUUGGACCUUCAAAAUGAGCUCCUGGGCGAAACCAAAAACUUCAACCCAAGAGAUGCUCUGCGAAACCAGAUCAAGAGUACGCAUGGCGGUCCGCUAUCUCUGGCUGAACGAGAUGCGCUUCAUAUAUCCAACGGACUCACCACCCGUUCUUGGUUCUUCCAUUCACCAUUGAUAUACUGGCAAUACAGUCGCGAUAUUGUGUUGGCGGAUCCUGACAUCUUAUCCACCAUCAACAACAAAAAAAACCUGUCAAACUUCGCCAACACCACCCUCCGCCAUUCCGUCGUGUUCAGUGGAAAGCGCUUUGAAGAGAGGAGGUUGGCAGCUGCAGAUGCCAUCGUCAUCACGCUCUUCUACUUGAAAGACUCUCCUGUCGGCAAGGAAUGGGAAGCGAAAGCUUCAUCUCUUCCGCACAAGGUUGCCGACGAAUUCGACGUUUAUCCACCAGAUGGACAGUCAGCGACGAGUCAGUUAUAUGAGUUUCAGUUUCGCCCAAUAUCAGCUCAAGACAUCCUCAGCCUGACAUUAGCUUACGGGUUGGCCUUGUUCUAUCUCCUUUCCAGUCUGUCAAAGUUGAGAGCGUUCAAGUCCAAGUUCGGGCUAAUCAUUACCAUUGUCACGCAAAUCGCCUUCUCCAUCAUGUCCAGUUUCACGAUAUGCGCCAUCUUUAACUUCGAUCUUUCUCGGAUUCCGCAAGCAGCGUACCCAUUGGUGGUACUUUCCAUGAGCUUGGAGAACAUACUGAGACUUAUUAACGCCAUUAUUCUUACUCCGCUCGAGGACAGCACUUGCAACAGAAUUGGCGACGCCUUUGGACAAACUGCUCACACCGCGUUGGCCAGUUCUAUGCAGAAUGUCUUGAUUCUCGUGGGACUGUCUCGCUUGGUAUCUCCCGGCGUAUCGGCCUUCUGCGUCUUCGCCGCGGUUGCAAUCAUCUUUGAUUUCUUUUAUCUGUCGACUUUUUUCCUAUCCGUCCUCAGUGUUGACGUAAGAAGAAUGGAACUCGGUGAUGCACUAAGCAAAGCUACUUUUCGUCAAAGCAGGCUCAAGCAUAAAGCCAGUGGCUCUACUGCGUUCCGGUCUGAUGGCUUUUUCCAAGGCAAACUAUCUCUAUCCACCCGCAUAGUGGGCACUGUUAUCAUGAUUGGUUUUGUCGUCAUCGCUCAAUGGCACUUCUUUGGCGACCAUCAUUUGCUCCAUCGCCUUUGGCAGUGUGCCAAAAACUUGAAUGGUGCACAAGGAAUGCGAAACCCAGAAACGUCUGUUUUCAAAGACUUGCACCAAGCCAGAAGUCACUCCUCUUGGAUCCGCAACCAGGACCAUGAGACAGCCAAGGAAGUCAUUCGAGCCAUCAAGCCAACCUCUUAUAGCUACGUGGCCAGAGUUUUUGAACCACUGGUGUUUGUGAAGAAGAACUCGGAUCGGGUACCUCAUAGCAAAGAACCGACGCUCCUGCCUGCUGCAUAUGACUUCCUACACCACCAACAGAAGGGAUUCAUCCUGAUUAUUGUUGCCAUCAUUUUCGCUAUUCGAUUGCUCAUGAACUAUCUUUUGUGGGGCGAAGAUGCGGAGCUUGCGGAUCGAGAGGAUCAGGCCGAAUCUCCAUUGAUCUCCAUCAACUCAUUGGGUAGUGGUCAUGUUCUCGAUGUGGCGAUGCUGUCCAAGUCAAAAUCCGGGCACAUUGUGUCCGUAAGUCUCGACCGAGUCAUCCGAGUUUGGGAUGUCCGUGGCUCUGGAAGCAGCUAUGUGGUUGCUGAUGGGAAUCAUGUUGAGCAAUGUCCGUUUCCUAUACUUUCUAUGGCUGUGGAUGAUACAUCUACAUGGCUAGCCUUACAGUCAUCAUCACGGGUGGCGUUUUGGAACAUGAAGGACCGCCAAUGGUCUAGACCGGUGUAUCUGGAUGGCUCCGCGCAACGACCAGCCGCUCUAUUUUUCGAUCCUAAUAUGAACCUUGAGAAGCCCACCAUUGGACUUGUUCGCCAGGAUGGUACAUUGAUGGAACUAACUGCUGGCGAGCAGACAAUAAGCAAUGUUAGUUCAAUUUGUUCAAGUCCAGUCUUGCUAGCCCACAGUGUGGUCAAGACAGACGAUACCCAAACAUUGCUAUUCCUUGUCGUUCUAUCUAAAGAUGGGGAAGUACGUAUUGCGAAGAAGCAGAAAAAUCGGUGGGAAUGCCGCGUCAUGGAUCUGGGCGCAAGAUGCUCGAAAUCACAUCAGAUUCUGCCUUUAUCCACUCUAGGAAUGUUUCUUUUUGCGGCGAGCUAUCGCGUCCAUCUUAUCGAUGCUGACCAAGCUCGGACAAUAACAACCUUUGAAACGGAGGAGAUGGUUCCCAAGUCCUUACAAUCCUCCUUCCUGAGUCAUCACACACAAAAGCCGGGGUCAGCGGGCUUAAAGACUCUGACACUGAGCUAUUCUGCCUCCGAAACUGGGGACUGUGUUGUGCAGACGUACGUUCCAUCGGAUGACCAUGAAACCAUCUAUCUCGGCAAAGCCACAGGGGGCACCGAUGAGGAUGAUUGCGGCCAGGAGCCUGUGCAGGUGCUGAAGAAGAGGAUCAAAAACCCCGGAACUUGGCAAUUACUCUCCGAUGGCAGGGUGGUGGGUAUAAGACAGGCAGAAUGUUCCGGCAUCACUAAACAUCACGGCAGCCCAGGGAGCCCAGGGAGCCCAGAGUUACGAAGACGCCAUGGAACAGUCAAGAGACAGCAAUACUCUUUUUCAAUGUGGGAAGUGUGGACGUCUUCGCCCUGUGGUCGGCCAGACAUGGAAGAGUGUCGAAAUCUUUUUUCACAAGGGGACGAAUCGAGGCACUUGGUCGUCUCAGGAUUAGGACCCAAAAUUACGGUUGGUUUGCGAUCAGUUGCCUUUGCCUUUGGUAAUGUCAUCAAGGUGGUCACCGUAGGGGGGCACGAGCAAUAUGGCGCAGAGGGUGAAAACAAGAACUAUGAUUCAUUGAUCAACACUUCCGGCAGACGUCGCAAAGCCGGUCCGGGAAGCAGGUCAUCGGCGUUGGGUUGA